AUUAGUGAUGAUCCAAUCUACAUAGAACUUUCUUCCAUUCUAAUUAAGGGGCAGAGAAAAAUUACAGCAGCACAACAGGAUGCAGGAGAAUGUAGCUGGAGAACAAAAUACGGUCCCUCCUCCAAGCCAUGUAACAGAAAAAAAUCCUGCAGCUAAUCCCCGACGAAUGCGACGGAUUAUUGCUGAAGAUCCUGAAUGGAAUCUAGCCAUAGUUCCACAGCUCACAGAGCUCUGCAUCCAGCACAUAAUCAACAAUUUUGAACAGAAUCCUAUCUUGGAAAGCCUACUUCCUGAUCACCAAAAGAAAGUGCUAGAAAAGAUCUCCACAAGCCUACCCCUUACUGUGACUGCCAAUUUGAUUAGGGAUGAAGGCUACUGGAAACGGUGCUGUACUGGAAGAUGGACAGUCUGUGAUGUAUCCCUCUAUGGAAACAGUUGGAAACAAAUGUUUUUUGAACGUCACUUGGAAAAUAUUUUGAAGUUCUACAUUCCAGAUACUACUAGUCCCAACCAAGUUCUGGAUAUCAUUCCACUAUGCAAGGAGUAUGUGAAAAAACUAGAGAUUGACCAGUUCCUUCCACCAGUGAAGCUAGAUCAAAAGAAGGAAGAAGAAGAAAUCUCUGAUACUGAAAGUGAUGCUGAAAUAGAGGAACCUUCUAUGGACCAUUUUGAUUUGAGCCUGCUUGUUCCUACACUCCCUCAUCUCGAGGAGCUUCAUCUUUCAUAUGGUGUUAAAGACUGUGGCAUGAAUUUUGAAUGGAAUCUUCUUGAGUUCACUUAUCGAGACUGCUGCUCACUGGCCAAUGCUAUUAAGAAGUGUUCAACUCUAAAAGCAUUCAAGCUGACCCGUAGCAAAGUGGAUGAUGAUAAAGCCAGGAUACUGAUCCAACACCUAUUAGAUCACCCUUCAUUGGUAGAAUUAAACUUAUCCCACAAUCUGAUUGCAGACAGGGGAGCACGAGCUAUUGGCAAGCUAAUUAACCGCAGUAAGAUGGUAACACUUAACAUCUGCGAUAACAGGAUUCGGGCUCAAGGAGCCCAGUCUAUAGCUCACGCGCUGUCCAAGAAUUCUACUCUGACAUCCCUCAACUUACGCCUCAACUGCAUUGAGGAUGAAGGAGGCCAAGCCAUUUGCCAUGCCCUUCUGGGUAACAGCACACUGACAACUCUUCACUUGGGUGGCAAUGAAUUAUCUGAGCCGACAGCCACCCUUUUCUCUCAAGUCCUGGCUCAGAACACUGCCUUGACUCAUAUCAACCUCUCCUGCAACCACAUUGGACUAGAUGGAGGGAAGCAAUUGCUGGAAGGCAUGUCUGAUAACAAGACAGUAGUGGAAUUUGACCUCAGACUGGCAGAGGUGGGACAAGAGAGUGAAUAUCUUAUUAAUCAGACUAUAAAGGCCAAUCAGGAAUUGGCCCGUCUCAAAAACCUGCAUCAUUCCACCACACCACAUGGACCAUAAAGUACUGAGAAAAAACAUCCUGCCUAGUAUAGUUUGACAUUGUCUCUUCACUCACGUUUGUUUAAGUAUCUGUUUUAGGUAAGGACUGUGAUCUCAGUUAUUCGUUCUCAGCUUGUGAUUGGAUGGAUGUAACUUCAUAUCCUUUUACCACUUUUGUGAAGUUUUUGCAGAUCUCUAGUAUUCAUGCUCUUGUGUAAUUAAGCCUGUAACUAAGCCCAAGCAUGUAACUGAAAUAACCAUAUACUGCAUCCCUGUUUAGUUCUGCUUCUUUGUUCCUCCAUUCCUCUGUUAUUUCUCUUUGGUCAGUUUUAAAUGGUAAAUUCCUUGUACUGUAUGAAGCACACAGUGAAUGUUCUUUAUAAUUUAACCAUUCGUUUUAAACAGUUUAGUUUGCCAUUCUGGAAACUGAAUAUUAUACACUGAAUAUGUAACAACUACUGUUGUUAAAUAAUAAGAAAGAAUCCAAGGUCUAGUAGUCCUCAUCAGAUUUAAAUUUAAUAACUCAAAAGAACUGAUAAAAAUAUGUUUGGCUGAAGUGUGGCAAAUUUUAUCAGGAGAGCUUUAAGCUGAAUUGUUUGGAGUUUGUAAAUGAAAAUCCUAAAGGUAAAGUCCUCUGUCACAAACCUGCACUGGAAGAAUAUAGGUGUUACUGUAAUACGGCCUAUUAAAAACAAUCAAUCAAAAAUUAGAACAUUGGCUUAUAAAGUUUGUGGUUCUGUUUCUUGGAGUAUGCAAAAUUAGAUGCACUUAAAAUUUCAAAUAUAGGAAGGCAGAAUAUGAUUGAAUCAGUGUUAUCUGUGGGGAUGAAAUGUUGACAGCAUUGUUAUUUUGUGAUACAAGCUCUGUAUCUUUUGUACAUGUUAUGAAGUCAAAUGCAUGAAUGAAAGGGAUGGACUUUCAUUAUUACAAUGUGAUACUGCUUUGGGCAUUUUGACAAAGCAUCAGAUCCUGUAGACACCUUUGGAUUUAAUAGGAAUAACAAGCUGGUAUAAUGACUCCCAUGAUUAGAAUAUAACAAUUGAGUUACAGUAAUUUGUUCAAAAGAAAGAGGAGUUUUAUGGUAUGUUUAAAAGUAUAUCUAUUCAAAAUCCCAGUGAAUGAAUUUGGCAAUACUGUAAAGGACAUCUGGAUUAAAAUGUGGAGGAAUUAAUAAAAGCAAUAAUAUCAUUGGUGUCCAUCAUCAGCCACCCAAUGAGAGGUUGUGGAUGACUUUCAAAAGCAAACUGGAUCUUUCAAAGAGUUGUAAUUUGGGGAAACUUUAAUUACUAAAACAUGUGUAAUGGAAUGACUAACAGACAUUGGAGACACAGAGAAAGGGGCAAGACCAUUAGAGGCGGGAGUUAGGCCAUUAGAGAAAAGAGUCGGAGGUGGGGAUUGGGGGAGAGAAUGUAAAGAAGAGACUCAACUGCUCCUUACACAAGCUAGGUAUAAGUGGAUUUAGAGAACUGCUUUGACAGGCUUUCAAGUAUCUGUUAUA